AUGUCCGAGUCUUCAAUCUUUGAAUGCAGUCUAUGCUUCAAUUUCUAUAACAACUCAACACGAGUUCCUCAAUCUCUGCCUUGUGGCCACGUCUUUUGCAAAUCCUGCAUUCUCUCUUAUUCCUCCAUGUACCUAGCAUGCCCAGUUGACAAAAGUCCUCAUCCAGGAGUUGAUAAGAUGCCUUUAUGCUUGAAUAUCCUUCACAACUUACCCAAAGCAACAGCCAAAAUAAUUUACUGCUCAAGCCACCCAAAGCGGCAAAUAAAAUACAGAUGCAGAAUUCAUAACGUUUACAUAUGCUCAGAAUGUGUAAUCCAGCAUGCUGGAUCUGGUCACGAUCUUCAGCAGUUUAAAGUAAACACAGACAAAAUUAAAGAUGACGUAAAAAGACUAUCAGAAAGUGCAAGUUUGGUCAUGAGAAACUCUGAAAGAGCAAUUAAAGAGAUUGAAGGAGUUCAUUAGAUUAGAUUAGAUAAGGCCACUAAUCAGUGGGCACAGUGCUGGGCCUAUCGUUCGAGGCUAACCCAACCCUUAGGUAGCUCUUUCACCAAAAUACCACGUUAGGAUCUAUAAGAACACCCGCCGUGGGAAGGACGAUUCGCUUGUCACCAGUCAUUUUAUAUAUAUCUUGAAGGAGUUCAUAAAAGAGUUUCAAGGUUCUAUGAAAACCAAAUGUAUAAAGUAACUACAGCUUUUGACUCUGCGAUAAAGCAGUUAAUUAAUAAAAAAGCGGAGUUUACAGAGACUUUGAACAAAAUGCUCAAAGAUCAGCUUUCAGCUAUUGACGCAAAAAGAAUGAAAUUUAAUAAAAAUUUAGAAAAAUCUUGUGCUUGAAGUACAAAGCUACAAUCUUUAACCAUAGAUGCUCUGGAUCAAACUUAUGAACAAUUUUUAAAAAUUACAUCAGAACUGAUGAGAGAAAUAAGUUCAACAACACCUGUCACGCCAUGUGAAUUUGACUUGAAAUUUUACCUCUUCAAUGACCAAAUCAGUCUAGGCGAGUUAGGCUCUUUAAAUCUUAUGAAAGAACCGCUAUGAACUUGUUCAAAAUGCAGCUUCAAAAACUCAGAAGUUUCUUCAGUCUGCCAAGUCUGUUUUUCUGCGAAGUCUUCUAAAUCAAUCACAUCAAACAACUCAGACUCUCUUAAAUCUCUUUCCAGCAGCCGCUAUCAGCAUCAAGAAGAAUCUUCACCUACCCACAGCCCAAUCCAACCUGAUUUCGCUCGAAGUGUCGGGCCUCACCAAGCUCACUCUCCAGAAAAACCCAAUCACAAGCCAAGAGGCAAAUCGAAAGCAGCUGAUCCUCAAAGCCACAAAUCCAAUGUAAGCUUUUAA